AUGCUGCAGAUUGUGCAGAUAUUGCCACCUUCCAACGAAUUUUUAGUUUCAUUGGAGCGUUCCUUAAUGGAUGCACAAGACCAAUUUGGAUUCACUCCCCUACUUGUAGCAGCGAUGGCAGGGAACGUUUCUGUACUUGAAUUUUUAAUAGAACAAGGCGCUCAAUUAGGACAGUUAGAUAGGGAUGGACACUCUGCAGUACAUUGGGCUGUUGUUUGUGGACAAUUGGACGUUCUAAUAGCAUUGCUUCGCCAUGGUUCUCCACUAGCUCUAGCGGACAUUCACGGAGCUCAUCCACUGCAUUAUGCCACAGUAGGAUUCACCGAAACAGAAAGUCAUCGUGAAGUGCCCGUAGAACGCUCAGAAGCCAUUUUGCACGUUCUUUUGAGGCAUGGUGCCCAAUUAGAAUGUACUGACCUGGAUGGGCGAACACCUUUAAUUUGGGCUGCUAGUGGGGGCAAUCUACGAGCUUUUAGCAGUUUAAUCCAAGCGGGAGCCAAUCGUUUCACUGCUGAUAGGGAUAAACUGGGAGUUUUGCACUGUGCUUCAAGUCAUGGUCAUUUACCUAUAGUUCAAGCAAUGUUAGAUCUUGGCCAUCAUUGGGUGGUUAAUGCUAGGGAUAGAAACGGCGAUACACCCCUUUUCUUUGCUGCAGCUUAUGGUCACCUUGAAUGUGUUAAAUUGUUGUUGGAAAGAGGCGCAGAUCCAAACCAUCAGGACAGACGUAUUAGAACUGCAGCGCACUGUGCGGCAGCUAAGGCACAGCUUAGAGUACUUAAACUUUUGAGACAAAGAGGUGCUAGUUUGGAUUUGCAAAAUUAUAGAGGGGAUUUGCUUUUUCAUGAAGCUGUGCAAGUUGGAAGUAAAGAAUGUGUUGAUUGGAUGUUAGGCAUUGAACCUCGUUUUGUUAGCUCUGCAAACUUUUUUGGGAGAACAGCAUUACAUUUAGCUGCAGCCAGUGGAAAUAUGGAAAUGGUUGUUCUUCUGUGUUCGAAAGAUGCUCCUCCAAAUUCUCUUAUGAUUUAUAAGGGAGAACUACUAACACCUUUGGACGUUGCUAAACGUCGAGGACACGAUCUUAUAGUAGACUAUUUAACUGUAAGGUACGAGGCCUGUUUGGCUUCUGAACUUUCCACAAGAGAACUAAAUUCUUCUAGACAAAGUAUCGAAGAGCAAAUAAAAGCGGCCCGUCUUCGCAAAGUUAGGGCGGAAUUAACAAAUAGUGAUGAAUUGGGUAAUUAUGAAAAGCAACCCCCGCCUAUAAGACGUGGAAUUUCGUUGCUAACUAGAGCGGCUCAAAAGUUGAAUGAUGAAAGUGGGGGAAGAGGAGAGAUGGUAGAUGCUAGUACAAUGGUUUCUCGCCGCUCAUCCUCUGCUUCCGCAAUCUUUGGCAAACUUCCAAAAUCAACUAGCACCACCGACCUUAACAACCACAGCAUUGAACAAUUUUAUCAACAACAAAAAGCUUUGAUAGAUUUAGCUAUGGCUACAACAAAUAAAUUACCAAAUGAAGGAAGGAAGGAAAAUGAAAAUGAAAAAGAAAAAGAAGCAGAUAAUCUAGAUGCUUCUACCAAUACUUUGUUAGUUCAUGACUUUUCUAAUGCUUCAUCUAUUUCUGCUUUACAACAGCCUUUAGAAAAGGAGUUGCUACACCAAAAUAACGCGUUUAAUUUUUGUAACUUAAGUUUAUUUUAUAUUCCAAGUUUAUUUUUCAAGUUUAUUUUUUUUCAAACUUAUUUUCUCAUGUUUAUUUUAUUUAUUGCAAGCUUAUUUUAUGUUCUAAAUUUCAAGUUUAAUUUUUAUAAUCUCAAGCUUAGUCUUUCUAUUUCAAGUUUAUUUUUUAUAUUUAGUUCGCCUGUAAUAAAUACAGAAGGUGAGCAUGCUGAAAGUGUUAGACAUUCACCUAAAACAUUAUCGGAUAGAGAAAUUGGAUUUCCCUCAGCUUCUUCCAAAAAAGUUCGUUUGGCAGUAAAUAGUGAUUUAUUACUACCUGACGAUAGUUAUGAAGAUAAACCUAAAAGAAUUCGUCGUAAAUGGACACCUUUACCUCCAUCAGAUUACAGGCAUCAAUCAUUAGAUGAAGCAGUUACAGAGUUGCAUAUUCUUGAGGAUGGGCUUUCACCGCCUCCGGGACGUCUAGCUACGUUUGGAGAUUUAGCCAACUCCACUACUCGUUAUGUUCACGAACGCGCUAUUUUCGACGAAUUAACACACUUAAAAAGAAUGCAGAUACAAUACGGAAAGGUUCGAGAAGAAGUAUUGGUACGUUCCCUAGUCCAAAACUUUUGUCGAAUGCAUGCAAUACACCCCGCCCAUUUCCGGCGUAUUUCUACAUUACAACAAUGGGAGAAAUUUUUAUACGGUGAGGAAAUUGAUAAUUAA